UCUCUCUCUGAUUCCCGUCCGAAAAACAACUCCAAGUAUUAUUUAGCUCCGGUAAAAUAAUAAAAUGAUUUUCUUACAGUUCUGGUGGGCCCUGUUGGUGUUCAAUAGUCUUGGCUCCAACUCAUGGCCCAUGAACGGGGACCAACCGAUUGGUGGUGACCAGCAGUUGGAAAGCUUCAGCCGCGCUGUGGAUGAAGCAGGUCCCGAGUUGCAGGACCUGUGGUCCUCCUUCGGCGAUCUGCCGGAAUUGGACAGCGAGAUCGAACAUCGAAGGGAACGACGCAACGCAGAUGACAGAAUGCUGACCGACUUUGGCCAAUUGCCGGUGGAAGGAUCGAAGGCGGUGAGUGAUAAGGAUAAGGAUCGUAAUUGGCAGGCAGAGGCAGACGCUUGGUAUGAAAAUCUUCAGCUGCAAAUGGCCAAGAGAAAUGCAGCCAAGAAGCGUAUGAUUCGUAAGCAGGAGCGAUCUCUGACGGAUACGGUGACCGAAGAAGAUAUGCGGAUUUUGGGAGCGCAGGCCGAUGCCUGGUAUCGUGAUUUAAUGGCCAACAGAGGCAAAGGCGGAUUCGCCCAGCAGCGAAGGGAGCGAUCCUCGAGACUGGACGAGACCCAAACCAUCGACAUACAUGACCUGGCCUUAAAGCGUUCCGUGACGGGCAAAUCAAAGCCUAAGAAGGCUUUCGACGAAGACUUCGUCCAGAAGCAGAUGGAGAACCAGAGUCCCUACCAAGCCAAGAUGCAAUUCGCUUCUUCCCGAGACAACGUAAAGCUAAAGCAAUCGCCGCAGCUCAUUGGUCAACAGGCUAACCUCCAGGCCCAAAACCGUAUGAAGGUCAACGUGGCGGCCAAGAAGAUCAACGAACAGCUUGAGAAGCUCCACGAGUCUAGAAAUGCCCCCGAUAGCAUAUACGAGAGCAAUCGCAACUAUCAGGCUUAUCCCCAGGCCAAAUCGAACGAGCUAGACCAUGAGGCCAACUACAAGCUAUCCAAAAUAGAACAGGAGGCUUCGGAGAAGAUGCCGAAACUACCGAAAGCCAUAGGUCAGGACAUGAGUCACUUCAAGCAGAAGAAACGCCAUUCUACAGGAGUCUGUGAUCCAAUGGAAGAAAUUAAGUUGAAGACCAGCUCGCGCCUGAUAGCCAAGGGAUUCGGUCCUUUGUUGCCCAGUGAAACUUUUGAGCUUUCUCGCAGGGGAAAACUCGAUGAAUGGCAGAAUCGGAUGCUUGAUGCCACUCACGAUAAAAACCUUCAAUAUCAGCGCUUGAAAAAUCUGGAGCAUCAAAUGGACCCUUUCGAUUAUACCCAGUCCAAGUCCAGCUCCGCCAUGGAUGCAGACUUGCCUCAAACAUUUGAGUAUAAGGAUCCUGAAAGUUAUCGCCUGUAUUCCCUUGACCAGCAGAGAAAACCAAAUGUCUUGAACACCGACAGGACCAAGCGCAAGCCGAUGAAUGUGAACAUUGAAAACGAGGCAAACCUAAGGACCUCCUCGCUUGGCCAAGGAUUAUCGUAUAAGCAAGCUGACAAAGAGCCUGUAGCCCUGGAGGGACAGAUGAAAAUCAAUCGCGUAAGAUCCCCCUCGAAGCAGAGGAGAAUCAGAGAGCUCCACAGCACUGGAUGGAUAUCAAGAAGGCGACUAUACAGAGAUCACGAGUCCAAGGAGAUGGUACAAAAGUUCCAGCAGGAGUACCAUAGAGACAGCAGCAACUUGUAUGGCAAACCGGUGACUUAUGCUGAACUUCAACCAUCCGCAAUCAUAGGGAGAGGCGAAGAGAAAUUGAAUGCUGAUUCCAAGGCGGUGGCACCGACUAUAAACCUCAAUUCCGAAGCUACCAGCAUGCUGCACGAUAAUCAGGAGACCAUGGCACACCGAGUUCCACGACGUACUAGAAGGGUUAAGAGAUCAUUGGAGGGGCAACAUGUGGCGGCUAGACGCAGGGCUCAACUACUGAACGAUUUUGAAGAUCAUAAUGCCAAUCGAGUGAGCUUCGGGGUCUUGGGUAAUGGAUUGCUGACACCUGAUGCCGAUGAGCUGGAAGGAAGUUUGCUCACCAUCCCAGAAAUUGAAGUACUGGCAUUUGAUGAACUACAAAGCAAUCACCAGGAUCCCAUUAAUAAUCUGGUGUCCGUGUGGAAUCAGGGACCAAAUACUAUAUAUCAUCAUCAUGAACCUCUGCAGAGUUCUUCACACAAAUCCAAUUUCAAGGCCGACACUAAUUUCAGUCAAAUGAGUGACAUGCAAAAGUAUUUACAAAUGCAGCAAGAUGUUCUGCAGGUCCUCUUUGAGAUCUUCCGCAUGAAUGAGGACCUCCUUGACCCCACUAAAUUCAAGCCAAAGACACAAGUUGCUAAGAUGUUAUUACGCCAGUACCAGGAUCUGCCGCUGGUAGAUCAAGUGGUGGCCACCGAUCUGCUUAUCCAGGAUCUUGAUGGACUAUUUAAGACAGCUGACCAUGCAGUGCAUCAACACCGUGACGCCUAUCUUUACAAGGUGCUGGAUGAUGUCCUUGAAGAGUACAAAAUUAGCAAGCCAUCAUCGGACAUGAUCACUUACCUUAAGGUGGCAGAGGUCUUAAAGGAUGAGAAUGGUCAGAAAUCCUGGGACCCAUUGGCAUUUUAAUAAAUUCAAUUGUUUAAUGUGGGUAAUUUCAAGAUACCUACUUUAUAUUUUGUAAAAAAAAUUAAAAUUGCUAUUUGCAUA